AUGGAUCAUCAAGAACGAGAAAUUGCUAUUAACAGAUGGUUUGAUUUGCGCCGAAGAGUUGUAGCUCAACUUAUUUGUGCAAUUGUUUAUUGUUAUGUUCGGAUGUCUCGUAAGAGAAAAUUAAGUUAUAGUAUGAGCUCUGAGAGAGAAAGGGUGCGUGAAGAAAUAAUGUAUCGAAUUAGUAACUAUGAAACUAGUAGAAAUCUAUUGAGAAUGAGCCCUCAAAAUGUUUUAGCAGCGUGUACUUUUGAUUUAAAGUUCACUUAUGUUCUCGCGGGAUGGGAAGGUUCUGCCUCUGACUCGAGAAUAAUAAAGAAUGCACUAACACGAGAAGAUAAACUUAAAAUUCCUCAAGGAAAAUAUUAUCUUGUUGAUGCUGGUUUCAUGCUGACAAGUGGACUUAUUACACCUUAUAGAGGAGUUCGGUAUCACUUGAAAGAAUAUUCGGCAAAAAAUCCACCCCAAAAUUACAAAGAAUUGUUUAAUCUCCGACAUGCAUCUUUACGCAAUGCAAUUGAAAGAGCCUUUGGUGUAUUGAAAAAAAGAUUUGAGAUUAUAUCUAAUUCAACAGAGCCCAAUUAUGGAGUCAAAGCUCAAAAAUUAAUUAUUUUUGCAUGUUGUAUUCUUUGUUGA